AGAGGCAUACACUUGCAUGCUACCCACAGCACACCACACAGUUCCCGUCUGUUGUAACCGAUCUGGCCUCUGCUCCGGUGUCUGGUCCGGUCACCUUUCCCGGCGGUGUGGUGGUGGUGGCGAAACCAAAAGCCGCGCGCCGUACCUGAAACGAUUCCCCCUCCCUCCCUUCCCUCGCUUUCUCCCUCUUCUUUCUUGCAUCAUCUUCCCUCCCUCCCAUGGACAAUCCCUGCCCACUCGCCCUCUCCUUCCUCCCUCUCUCACGGCUAUAAAGCCCGCCUGACACCGACCCAACCUGCUCGCCCGCCCGCUCGCCGCAUAUCUUCCUCUCCACCGGCUCGAUCGCCUGCCUGCGCGCGUUGGUGGCGGAGCGAUGGGAGGGGGGAGCGGCGGCGGCGGGGUGUGGCCGGUGGUGGUGAUGGUGUUCCUCAACGCGAUCGCGGCGGUCAUGGUGUCGCUCGUCAAGGUGGCCAUGAACGGCGGGCUGGACCCGCUGGUGCUCGUGACGCUGCAGCAGCUCACGGCCGCCAUCUUCCUCGGCCCCAUCGCCUACUUCCGGGAGGGCAAGGCGCGGCCGAGGAUGACGCUGGAGAUCUUCGCCUACCUCUUCGCCAGCGCGGCGCUGGGGGCGGCGCUGCGGCAGUACAUGAUCUUCGUGGCGCUGCGCUACACCACGGCCACCUUCGUCACGGCCUUCUCCAACGUGGCGCCGGUCCUCACCUUCCUCCUCGCCGCCGCCACGCGGUCCGAGUCCCUGAAGCUCAGGACCGCCACGGGCGUCGCCAAGCUCGCGGGCACGCUGGUGUCGCUCGCGGGCGCCAUGGUGCUCACCUUCUACCGCGGCGUGCCCCUCACCCACGCCCACCACGGCCAGCUGCACUACUCCGCGCCGUCGCCGGUGGGCGCCGACCCUGCCGCCGGCAAGAGGUGGACGCUGGGCACGGUGGCGAUCCUGGGCAACUGCGUGUGCCUCUCCUGCUGGUUCCUGCUGCACGGCCGGCUCGCCCGCAAGUACCCCUACGUCUACUCCUGCAACGCCUUCAUGUCCACCUUCAGCUUCCUCCAGGUGGCCGCCGUCGGGCUCUGCGCCCACCGCAGCCUCGGCCUCGCCGCCUGGCUCGUCACCUCCAAGUUCCAGAUCCUCACCAUCCUCUACGCCGGCGUGGUGGGGUGCGGGGUGUCGUUCGUGCUGCUGACGUGGUGCAUCGAGAAGCGGGGGCCGGUGUUCGUGGCGGCCUUCAUCCCGGUGGUGCAGAUCAUCGUCUCCGUCAUGGACUUCACCGUGCUGCACGAGACGCUCUACCUCGGAAGUGUGCUGGGAUCGGUGUUGGUGAUAGGUGGGCUGUACCUGCUGCUGUGGGGCAAGAGGCAGGAGGCCCUGCAGCAGCCUCCAAAAAUUGCAGAGGAUGACAGAGAGCAGCAACAGCAGCAAGCAGUGCAGCACCAGCAGCAACAGCAACAACAGGUGCAAGUCCAGAUGCAGCCCUGACUGAAGAUUGGGAAAACAGAGGAGCCCCCCAUCAAUUGGGUGGGUGUUAACAAGUGCAGCAAAUAAGUUCUCCAACACUUUUCAGUUUUUUUUCCCCAUGUUCUUGUGAGACCGCCAUUAAUGGUGUAAAUUAAGCUUCAGGGCACUGUCAGUCAUGUCGUGAAGCUGUUUAGGUUCUGAUCCAGACAACACUCGGUAGGAUAAUGAUCUGAAGAUUCUAAACCAAAACUAAUAGACAUUCAGAGAAAAUAUGUAUACUAGAUGUCGCCACGUUUUGUAUGUUUUAUGUUUUUCAAGAAGUGUAUUUUUUU